UUGUAAACAGCAGGCCAAAGACCAAAAUCACAGCAUCUGUGCUUCUUUCUGAGGCUGACCGGCAUUUUAAAUCCCCAGAAGGAGUUUAUCUGGCCCCACCAACCCUCCCCCAACAGUCCCACUGAGACAAAGAGCUGGGAGACCCUGGGAAGAGGACAGCCGUUAACUCUGGGGACCCUAUGGCUGUCUUUGGGGCUCCCAGGGGAAGUGCAGCCUCUAGUCAGAAUGUCCAGCUACGGCUUCCCAUGUCCUGUAUCAGUGCUGAUGCCAGCGAGUGACCUGGGUCCCCUCCCACUGAGCGGCUUGCCAGCUCAAGACCUCUCCCUCUUUCCCCAGACAUCCCUUAACAAGCUCUUGGAGGCACUGGGGAAAGCGGAGCCUUUCUUUAUCCGCUGCAUCCGCUCCAAUGCUGAGAAGAAAGAGCUGUGUUUCGACGACGAGCUGGUGCUGCAGCAGCUGCGCUACACGGGCAUGCUGGAGACAGUGCGGAUCCGGAGGUCGGGCUACAGCGCCAAGUACACGUUCCAGGAUUUCACAGAGCAGUUCCAGGUGCUGCUGCCCAAGAACACCCAGCCCUGCAGGGAGGUCAUUUCUGCCCUGUUGGAAAAGAUGGACGUGGACAAGAGGAACUACCAGAUCGGGAAGACCAAGGUUUUCCUGAAGGAGACAGAGCGCCAAGCCCUGCAGGAGACGCUGCACCGGGAGGUCGUGCGGAAGAUCCUGCUCCUGCAGAGCUGGUUCCGGAUGGUGCUGGAACGCCGGCACUUUCUGCAGAUGAGGCAGGCAGCCAUCACCAUCCAGGCCUGCUGGCGGUCCUACCACGUCCGACGGGCCCUGGAGAGGACACAGGCCGCUGUGUACGUCCAGGCCGCGUGGAGGGGCUACCGGCAACGGGUGGCCUACCAGCGCCGUAGACAGAGCAUCAUCCGCCUGCAGAGCCUCUGCCGGGGUCACCUUCAGCGCAAGAGCUUCAGCCGGAUGGUCGCAGAGAAGCAGAAGGCUGGAGAGGAGAGGGAAGCCCAGCAAGCCCUGAGGGUGGAAAUGGCAGAGGGCGGGCCAGGCCAGGCGGCCGAGCAGGAGCAGAUAACCAGGCAGGACCCAGAACCAUCGGAGGAUAGGGAGCAUUUGGCGUUGGAACCCGAGGUGUGGCCAAGCGAGGAGCCCCUGGCAGAGAGCUCCCAACCAGAGAAGGAGGUCCCCAGCCCAGAGAAGGCUCUCCCACCCCAGAAAAAUGCAGCUGAAAGUCACGAGAAAGUGCCCAGCAGCCGGGAGAAGCGUGAGUCACGGCGGCAGAGAGGGCUGGAGCACGUGAAGCUCCAAAACAAACACAUACAGUCCUGUAAGGAAGAGAUGGCCCUCAGAGAACCUUCUGGAAGGACUGUGCUAGAGCACGAGGAGAGCCUCCCCGAAGACAGACAGGAGACCAGAGAAGAUGAAACCCCUUCAGACGCGGGGACAGAGACAGAGAAUGCUUCUAAGAAGCAGCCUGAGGAGCCCCUGCAGGGGGCGCCAGCCAGCCAGCUCUCUGGAGAAACCCUGAAGAUGCUGCAGGGCGUGGAGCCAGCGCCUGGCCACGUGGAACGGCCAACCAGCCUAGCCUUGGACAGUAGGGUCAGUGUGCCCGCCCCCAGCACCAGCCCCGAGCCUCCCAAGGACAAGAGCAAGCUGGGGGGCGACCCGAGGGCACAGGACAGGUCUGAGAGCCCGGGAGGCUCCACCCAGAUCCAGCGGUACCGGGACGCAGACUCUGAGCGGCUGGCCAGCGCCGUGGAGCUGUGGCGGGGCAGGAAACUGAUGGCCGCCAGUUCGAGCGCCAUGCUGAGCCAGUCCCUGGACCUCAGCGAGCGGCACAGGGCCAUGGGGGCCGCUCUCACGCCCACAGAGGAGAGACGCAUUUCCUUGUCCACGAGCGACGUCUCCAAGCUCCUCCCGUCCCCAUCCCAGACCAAGAUGCAGCCUUCUUUAGAAACCGUGGACGGGGAGCCCAGCACCAAGAAGCCGGCCGUUCAGAAGAAGAAGUCAGGCGACACGUCUGUCAGCUCAGAUUCCGGCCUGUCCCCAGGCCACCAGGCCGACUCUAAAUCCACUUUUAAAAGACUUUUCUUGCAUAAGAAUAAGGAUAAAAAAUCCAGCCUGGAGGGGGUAGAGGAAACGGAGAACACAGCGCCAGGGCUCACCGUGCUGGAAGCUGCCACCACCAAAAAAAAUCUAGAAGCCUCCAGCCACCAGCACCGCCACCCAGCAGGCGAGAAGCACGCCAAGGAGCCAGGAGGCAAAGGGAAGAAGAACCGAAACCUCAAGAUCGGCAAAAUCACAGUGUCGGAGAAGUGGCGAGAAUCAGUGUUCCGCAAGAUCACCAAUGCCAACGAGCUCAAGUACCUGGAUGAGUUCCUGCUCAACAAGAUAAACGACCUGCGUUCUCAGAAGACUCCCAUCGAGAGCUUAUUCAUCGAAGCCACCGAGAAGUUCAGGAGCAACCUCAAAACCAUGUACUCUGUCCCCAAUGGGAAGAUCCACGUCGGCUACAAGGACCUGAUGGAGAACUACCAGAUUGUCGUGAACAACCUGGCGGCCGAGCGAGGGGAAAAGGACACCAACCUGGUUCUCAACCUUUUCCAGUCGCUGCUCGACGAGUUCACCCGCGGGCACACCAAGAAUGACUUCGAGCCGCCCAAGCAGAGCAAAGCUCAGAAGAAGAAGCGGAAGCAGGAUCGCGCUGUCCAGCAGCACAAUGGGCACGUGUUCGUCAGCUACCAGGUGAGCAUCCCGCAGUCGUGUGAGCAGUGCCUCUCCUACAUCUGGCUCAUGGACAAGGCCCUGCUCUGCAGCGUGUGCAAGAUGACCUGCCACAAGAAGUGUGUACACAAGAUUCAGACCUAUUGUUCCUACACAUGCGGGAUCAAGAGCGAGCCAGGUGCCGAGCCAGGCCACUUUGGCGUGUGCGUGGACAGCCUGACCAGUGACAAGGCCUCGGUGCCCAUCGUGCUGGAGAAGCUUCUGGAACAUGUGGAGAUGCACGGCCUGUACACCGAGGGUCUCUACCGCAAGUCAGGCGCUGCCAACCGCACACGGGAGCUACGACAGGCACUGCAGACAGACCCCGCAGCCGUCAAGCUGGAGAACUUCCCCAUCCAUGCCAUCACCGGAGUGCUCAAGCAGUGGCUUCGAGAGCUGCCUGAGCCCCUCAUGACCUUCGCCCAGUACGGCGACUUCCUCCGAGCUGUGGAGCUGCCAGAGAAGCAGGAGCAGCUGGGCGCCAUCUACGCCGUCCUGGAGCACCUGCCUGAGGCCAACCACAACUCGCUGGAGCGGCUCAUCUUCCACCUUGUCAAGGUGGCCCUGCUUGAGGACGUGAACCGCAUGUCGCCCAGCGCCCUGGCCAUCAUCUUCGCACCCUGCCUUCUGCGCUGCCCCGACAACUCGGACCCGCUGACCAGCAUGAAGGACGUCCUCAAGGUCACCACCUGCGUGGAGAUGCUCAUCAAGGAACAGAUGAGGAAGUACAAGGUGAAGAUGGAGGAGAUCAACCAGCUGGAAGCUGCGGAGAGCAUUGCCUUCCGAAGGCUCUCCCUCCUGCGACAGAACACUCCAUGGCCUCUCAAACUGGGGUUUUCAUCUCCCUAUGAGGGGGUCCUGAACAAGAGCCCUAAGUCCCGGGCAAGCAGUGUUGGCGGCCCGGAGGAGCUGGGGGUGCUUCCAGAAGAGGAAGUCCCCAGCGGCGACGAGGACCGCGAGAAGGAGAUCCUCAUUGAGCGCAUCCAGUGCAUCAAGGAGGAGAAGCAAGUGUCUCUGUCCCCUUCCUGCCCUCGGCUCUGCCAUCCGGCCCCCAUCCCCAGGCCCCUCUGCGUAGCAGACCCGGCUGUUAGAGGAGGCUGACAGGCUAGGCCCACUCCCGUCGUCUGCUACCUACCUCAUGGGGGGGCUGCUGUCCUCAAAGGCAGCCUAGGGCUCUGUUUAAACCCCCACUCGGCCCCCAGGAGCCAUGGUGGUCCACAGGGGAAAAUGGGGCAGCAGAGGGGUAAUGCCCAAACUUUGUCUUCAAGAUGGUUUUAGCUAGUGUGACCAAUUAAUCUGUCACCCAGUCAAGACGUGAGUGUGCAGGGAUGCCACUAACAUUAUGCCAGGACAGGGGGUGCCUGGGUGCCUCAGUCGGUUAAGCGGC